AGUUGCCCUGCCCACCGGCUGAUUGAGUGUCUCGCGGGAAGAUAAUAGCGUCUGUGAGUGAUAAUAUAUAAGUAUGAUACGAUCUGGCUGAUGUUUAAAUUGGUAAUUUGGAAGGAGUAGCAAAAUGGAAAACACAACAGAAAAGCAGCCAGAAGGUUGCACAAUCGAGCACUUUUAUAAGGUUAUGCAGUCUUUAGUUGAUGAGAAAGAUAAAGAACAUAAUCUGCGUUAUAUCACAUCUCGAUCGACGGAAGACAUAGAAUUUCACAUUGAUAGUUUGUGCAGAGAUAUUAAAGGUCUUUGCGGAUCACUUUGUAUACCGACUGAAGGAGUCUUUUUGAGAAAGACUGACUUAUGUAUCAAAGCAUUCAAGUACCUGUUGUGCAACACCAAUUUUACUUGCCGGUCUUUGCUCUCAAAGGAUGAUACAUACGGACAAUGGGUUGACUUUCAACAACCUUUUUCUACUUACCUGCUUAUUGAAAUUUUGUGGCAUUUAAGAUUUGAGGAUAUUUUAGCAGAAGCAUUCUUACACUUGCCUUUGGAUUUGUGCGUAGAGAUCCUGGAAGUUCUGCCCAGGUGUAUCAAUCUUCUAGAUUUUGAGAGAUCUUCAAAGUUCCUUACAACAGCGGUUCCUAAUGUUUAUAAGAAACUAAUUAUCCUCGGAAACACUGGAAGUCAGACUAAAGAUAUUACUUCGAAGGCUAGAAGACUUGCUGCAAAUUUGCAGGAGCUUCUUUUGCAAUUCAGCAAUGAAAGGUUCCUGAGGUUCGAAGACAUUAAAAAGACAGAUGACAAGUAUAAGAGGUAUGGCACUUUGCUGAAAUCAAUCAUUCAAAUGGUAAGAAUGUGUCUUGCCACUAAUUCCACGGUCGAGAUACCUUUUGAAAUGGAGAAAAUGUACAAAUUGACAUUUGGUGAAGAGCCAUUCCAAACGGUCGACGAGACUGUCCUCAAAGAAUUGCUCACAGAAAUUAACCGUGAGCUAAUCAACGUUUUACUGCAGAAGGUCAAAGAAAUCGACUGCAACAUCUACCUGAAUUGGACGGAAUACGACGACGAGGAAAACACUUCAUUGACGCUCCAGCGAGCUGUUGGUUUAGAAUGCUACUUCUUCAUUCAAAACACCCAAGAGUACAAAAAUUCCACCAUUAAGGAAUACGAUCACCUGGUGGAGUGUCUCCAGCAGAUAUCCUCGAAACCCGAUCCCGAGAACAGCGUGGAAAGCUUGCAAAUGGUAGAUCUUUGUCAGGGAGUACGGGAAGGUAGACUUGAGUGCCUGAUGGCUCUAUUUCGCAGGUACAAGGAGUGGGACAACUCAGCAAUUGACUCGGUCGACAGUAGUAUUUCCCUGCUCAACAAGACCAGCUGUGAGGAGCUCUUUGAGUAUCUGGCAGGAGAACUCAACCAUCCUGGUAAGGACACAGAGAAACUCCAGCUUUAUACACUCUGUCUGGCCAAGGCUUUGGUCUACCUGAAAAUCACAGAGCUCUAUGAGAUCACUGUGAAGUUCAUAAUGAGAUUUAGCGAGGAGGACAACUUGGACAACGUCAUAGAUAUUACCAACUUUGAGAGGUUCAUCAUGUUAAAUCCUAACUUUUCCAGUGCAAAGAACCUGAGGGUAGUGCUGUUCUUCCUCUGCCUCAAAACUAGAAUUACUUUAAAGAUUCUUCUGAAAAUGACUAUAGGUCACACUGACUAUCCUGACGUUGCUAUCAUCUUGGAUGACUUGAUGCUUCUUCUACCAGUCCUGAAGAUACAGACCCAUAGCAAGUACGAGACCAUGGUACAUAACUUGAGGUCAAAGUGUUCAGAGAAAAGAGAAAGUUCCAUUACAAUAGCUCUGCAAAAAUGUUCAGAGUAUAGGGGUCAUUCUAUAUUUGAACAAGAAACGAAAGCCCAAAAGCCUCAGACUGUCACCCUGGCAGUGCGAAUCCUACAGGAUAUCUGUCUGGAAGGUCCAGGAUGGAACGCGAGUAAAUUUUCCGGUCUUUUGCAGUCCUUCUACACCUUCUGCAAGGUCUCAGAGAUCGUCAAUGAAGUUUUCAUACCGUUUCUCUUCUCUGACGCCUGCUCUUUCAUCUACCUUAAAUACACCUUGCUGGAGCUGCAAAAACUUGUGGGCAGAUUCGAAAAGGGAGAGAUCAGUCGAGACCUGAUUUUAGCGUUUCGCUUUCAAGGGCAGAAGCUCCUCACCAGUAAUCACAUCUCCAGAUACAUAAUCGACGAGCUUCUGACAAUGAUCAGCAACUUAUCGGACCAUCUUUUGAGUGCUCCAGAACAUAUAAUGGGGUACUUAGAGUUCUUGGAGCUUUAUGAAUUUGACGAUCUCAUGUGUGAAAUUUUCAUGCAGCUGCCGGGAAAUUCUUUCUCUAUAUCUAUCGGUCGUUACACCAAUUUGCACCAAGCUAUGCUCGCGUCUGAUGUGACGAGGUACCCUAUUCAUGUAGCGGAUGACAACGUAUUGCGGCACAUGCUGCUCAACUGCACCAAGAAACAGUACCUGACGUAUGCACGCGAACUCAUCCGCUUACCUUCUAGAAGUACAUUGGGAUCUAAAUCUGAACUCGAAAUUUUCGAGAACUUGAUAAGACUGACCCUGGAGACUUGUCUUCUAUGUCUCGAAUAUCCCGAAAUCGCGGCACCGGACAGCAUAGGCUUUCUGUUAAGGUGCCUCUUGCAGCUGCUGUCCACAGUGCAUUACAAAGAAAAGGGCAAAAGUUACAAGAGGAUCUGCGCGAGUCUUCAGAGCAACGUCAUGAUUUUCAAAGACACGAUCGAAUACACUAUUCUGGGAAACGCUUACCUGGAGAUGUUAAAACAAUUCAAGGGUAUCGCUUUGAACCUGAGCCUCAUGAUCGAUGCCUUGGAACAGUUCGCGUUGGUCUGUAUGCAGGAGAGCGACAAGUUGAGGAUCUACGAGGCGCCGCAUUCGUCGUUGGCCAUCAAGUUAUGGAUGGGCUACGACAUCGUCAGAUUACUCUUCGAAAAGAACGUUAAGGAGGAGGAAUAUCUGUUGAAACUUAGAGAUUACGUGGAAAAAUAUAAAGGCGAAGUGACAGACGAAAUUUGAAUUUUGAACCUUACCGUUUGAUACUAGUCCUCUCGAAUGUAUAAAGUUGAAUCUAUUUUGUAACUUUUUUAUAAAAUAAAAUUGAAUGUAAUUCAA